UCCCCAUUCCAGAUGAUGGCCACGACUAUUGACCCCUUGAUCGCCCGUAGACAGAUCUGUACCAAUCGAUUCUCUGUUUGAUGGAUGUGUCUGAGUUCUUAGACAGAAACUGAAUGGUUGGAGAAGGACCCUAGAGACUCCUGGGCGAUGUUGAACAAAGGUCCAAAGAGUGAACAUUCUGUGGUAGAAGUCAAUGUAGGUGGCCGAAAGGUUGGCACCUUCGUAGACUUAGGUUCUGUGCGGAACUUCAUCAGCCGUGCUUAUGCGGAUAGACUGCGCUUGGGGGACCAAGGGCAGCGGCUUAGCAGAUCUGUAGCAUCUACCUUAGCCAAGGACUAUGCCAAGGACGUAGUCUGUACCUUCUCCUAUGGAGGAGGGGAACUGAGACACAAGAUCUCGUUCAUGGUGAGCGACGAGCUGCCAUUUGACAUGUUGCUAGGCAUGUACUACCUCGAGGUUGCUAAGCCUCAGUUCAAUUGGGAUAGGAAGGUGAUGAUCCACAAGUUGCCAGAUGGAAGGACCGUUAGGUUCCAGAAGUUCAAGGCUAGCAGACUAGUGGAUAACUAUGGUUGCAUGUGUGUGUUGUCUUUCUAUAACUUCUACAAGCAGAAUCGCGAGGAAGGAAUGUACCUAGUCUUUGUCUCUGAGAAAGGGGAGGCCGUAAAAUCACCCCCAAAGAUAGAAGUAGUUGUUGCACGAUAUUCAGACCUCUUUGAGAAGCCUAGGGUUGUGGUAGAAAGGGAAACUGUCCACGCAAUAGAAGUCGUUCCCGGUAGCAAAGUUCCUAGAGGGUGGAUCUAUAGGAUGCCUCCUGCGGAGUUCGAUGAGCUCUGCCGCUAGCUCAAGGAGCUCAUAGAGAAGGGUUGGAUUCGACCAAAUACGUCCCCCUAUGGAGCACAAGUUUUAUUUGUCCCAAAGA